AUGUCCAUAGAAGUCGACUGGAAGACAGCCACCUCGGGCCCAGACGGUGAAGCCCUCGCGGAGCGCAUCCGCUCCUUCAUCCACGACAAGUUCCAACAGGUGGCCCUUCCACGGUUCAUUCGCUCCGUCCAAGUACAUUCGUUUGACUUCGGCACGGUCCCCCCAGAUCUUGAGAUCAAGGACUUCUGCGAACCAUUCGCCGACUUUUACGAGGAGGACGAAGAUGACGAAACCUCGGAGGUCUCAGAGGAGCUCGUCUCCGCGCACGGCAAUCAAUGGCACAGAACGCAUUCCGAGCUCAACGAGCCUCCCUAUCGCGACGAAGUGACGAUGAAUCAACCGCUCCGGGACCCGUUCGAUGAGGGAUUCCACCCCUCUCCUCUCCGCUCGCCAAUGGAACACCUGAACCCCCAUUUCCUCCCGCGCGCCGGCACCCCCGGCAUCCCCGGCGGCACCUCGACGAUAGGCUACCACCUAAUGUCUCUCGGCGGUCUGUCCGGAACACAAACCCCGCUCGCGGCGGUCGCUGGCGGCACGCCUUUCGCAAAUGGCUGGACAGACCAUAACUUGGGACCCGGAAAUCGUGGGCAUGCGUCUGGUCCCGCUGCAGGGGCAAUGCGCCAGCACCGUCCAGAAGAUAUCGACAGCAGCAAUCCGACCUCGCGACCGUCAACCUCCAGCACACUUCCCUCCCACCCGUCGGGCUCCAACAGAAACAGCGGAGACGGAUCUCAUCCCGAGGAAGAACAUUUGGAUGACCCAGCCGAGCCAGACCACCCCUUUCGGUUCCCGAAAAUGCGCGAGCGGCGUCCUGAAGACUUUCAGGUUAUGUGCCGCGCCAAGAAACGAGAGACAAAGAUGACCAUCCGCGCAGCGGUCUGGAUCCCACGACGUCCCCGAAACGCCAGGGUGGGCUGCUCCGGGAGAUCCGGGUCGAAAGCGAAAUUGGCCGGAAAGAAGACGGGAAGCAAGUGUUGA